AUGUCUACAAGUCAAAGUCAACCUCACACGAGCUCUCAGAUUUUCCAGGUUUGCGCCACCGCAAUUGUGCAGAGCCAAGGGCAAAUCCAACAGUUGCGGCUAUACGCAGACACCCAGCGACACCUCGCCGAAGCCAACAAACAAGAGGCUGAUUCGCUUCGCUCUGAAUUACAGCAGCUGCGCAGCGUCGUAUUUUACGUGGAGAGGGAGAGAGAUGGGGAAAUCAACAAAUGCGCCGUUUUACAAGAGCUCAUAGACACCCAGCGCCGUAUCAUUCGAGACUACGAGCGAGAGAGACAAGGUCAGAUACCCAGCCAAUUGCAAGGGUCAAUACAUUAUGGACCAAAUUUUCAGCAGGCUUUCACCCCUGUACCUCUCAACCAAGGUGACCCUGUCGGAACUGGUGGAGGCGAGACAGGGGGUGCUGAUGUUGGUCCAAUGGAGUAA